AGCACGGUUGGAGAGAACCGAUGGCUUCAAGGGCACCUGGUACAGCUGCUGCUCAGUUACUGUGAUUUGAACACAGCGGCAAGAUGGGCACAACGCUUCAGUUUGCCCAGGGAGACGCUUCCUUAUGGAGUGGCUGACGAGCUCCAAAAGCUUCAGCUCCAAGAGAGGGUAGAAGAGGCCACGAAAGCAGAUAACUAUGAAGAGAGUAAGAAGAAGGACUAUUACCAGCUUCCUAUUCCACGGGCAAAUAUUCACUUCCUGCAGACGUGGGAAGAGACCUUGCAGUGCUGGGAAAAGGUUUUGCAGCCUGGGCAGGUUGUUGGCAUUGACAUGGAGUGGAGGCCUUCGUUCGGCGUGGUCGGGAAGCCCCGCGUCUCCCUCAUUCAGAUCGCUCUGAAGGAUGGGGUGUUCCUGCUGGACUUGCCACGGCUCCUCGAGCAAGCUGAGGCGGAGGGUGAGAAGGAGAAGCUUCCCCAUUUCAUCCAGAGGCUCUAUUCAGAUGCAGCCAUCACUAAACUAGGUUAUGGGAUGUCUGGAGACCUUAACAGCCUUGCAGCCACCUGGUCUGCUUUCAGAGACACCGAUAAGCAAGCGCGAGGUGUGGUGGACCUGCUCACAGUGGACAAACAACUGCAGAAGAGCUCCAUUGACUGGAAGAAGGGCGGCCGGCAGGUUGAUAUGCUGUCCCCAGAGGACAGAGGGUUCAGGCAGCCGGAGAAAGGCCUCAGCCUCUUGGUGCAGCAUGUGCUGGGGAAACCUCUAGACAAAACAGAGCAGCUGUCUAACUGGGAGAAACGGCCUCUCCGGGAGGAACAGAUCCUCUAUGCAGCUUCAGAUGCAUACUGUUUGCUGGAGGUCUACGAGAAACUCUGUAAGGAUCCAGCGAGCUUUGGUCUGAGUUCAGACCUGACCGAGAGCCUGGUGGGAAAACCGAGCGUAAAACACAGGGCAAAAAAGCAGCUGAAUAAACAAGAAGUACCUUCACCUUCUGGACAGCAAUGCAAAGGAUCCCAGAAGGAGACCCCGUGUCCCCCUGCUCCCAUCUCCCCAAAGGAGUUCAGCGUGGUCUGCGAUAACAUGCUGCAAGGCCUCGGGCGCUAUCUUCGCUGCCUUGGCGUGGAUGUCCGGAUGCUGGAGAACGAGGAUGACCAUAGGAAAGCUGCUGAGAUUGCCCGACAGGAAGGAAGAGUCAUUUUAACCUCUGGGCUCCCAUAUCAGACUCUCCAGUCCCAGGUAGCAGAAGGAAGGUGUUUCUCUGUGAACUGCUCAGAAAAGGCCAAGGAACAGGCCCUGCAGGUUUUGAAGCACUUCAACGUUCAAGUGUCCCUGGCAGAUAUCUUCAGCCGCUGCCAG